CCUCACCACAUCACCGACAUGCGUUCCACACUCGCCCUCAGCGUUGCUGCCUUUGCCGGCUUUGCCGCGGCUCAGACCGCUGCUCAGAACGACUAUCCGUACCGCAUUGACCCGGACACCGUCUCCCAGGCCAACAGGCAAUACUGGUGUGACCAGAACACGGCUCAAUGCCCGCUCAUCUGCCUUCAACAGCCCGGCAUUACUUCCUCGACUACUGAGGACAACGAGUGCGACCCUGAUGCGUUGACUUACUCCUGCGUUUGCGAAAACGGCGUCUCACCUAAUAUCACCGAAUACUCGCAGACUCUCCCCUUUUACAUCUGCCAAGAGUGGGGUAACCAGUGUGUCACUGGCUGCAACGGCGACAACACCUGCGCCAACAGCUGCCGUGCUGACCACCCCUGCGGUGCUCAGUCUCCCUACAAGGGCAAUGCCACAUCGAGCUCCGUGUCUGCUACUGGAUCUGCCACCGGAUCUGCUACCGGAUCUGCCACCGGAUCUGCCGCAUCCACGGCGCCUCCCGUCACCGGCUUCGGCGGUGCCGCUGCGACCUCUGCGGCUGCUGGCUCUACUGGUGCUGCUGCCGCGAUCUUCGUCCCUGGCGCAGCGACCAGCAUGGCCGUCCUCCUCAGCAGCGUGUUCUUCGGCUUCGCUGUGCUCCUUUAAGCCCUGGACACCCCAUACUUGAUAUCUUUUCUCUGCAUCAUCUUCCUUUAGGAUCUUUUUCAUGCAUAGCGUCCGGGAUACAUUACAGUCAUUUCACCGCACCACAGAUACCCAACGGUACUUGCCGCUCAUUUGAAAGCAAAUUGGGAGUUUAAUUAGCAAGGCGCACGCACAGGGUGCGGCUAAUAUUGUCAAAGUCGCAUUGCAUCACAUGUAGCCCGGAGUUCUAAAUCGAUAGCGUGGAGUUUUGGCGAUUGCCCAAGACUUCUCAUCAUCAGCCAUCGAUCUUGCACCAUCCUCUCCCA